AUGACGAUAGUAGAGCUCAUAGUGCACAUGGACUGUGCUGGCUGCGAGACCAAGAUAAGGAAAGCUCUGAAAAAGCUGAAAGGAGUGGAUGCUAUUGAUGUAGACGUCAACAUGCAGAAGGUGACUGUAAUGGGAUGGGCUGACCAAAAAAAAGUGUUGAAGGCAGUUAGGAAGACUGGAAAGAGAGCUGAGCUUUGGCCUUACCCUUACAAUCCACAAUACCACAACAUCAAUAAUCUCCAAUACUACCGUCAACAUCAGCCACACGAUCAUCACCAUGAUCAUCACCAUCAUGGCUACAAGAAGCAAGCACCCAUCAUCACCUAUAACUCAAUACCUAAUUCAUCCUACUCCUACAACUACUACAAGCAUGGCUCCACAAGUCAUGAGCAUGGCUACUAUCAACCUCCUCCUUACUCCACCAUUUUUAGCGAGCAGGGCACUGCUGCGUUCAGUGACGAUAACCCUCAUGCUUGCUCCAUAAUGUGA